GGACCUUUUAAGCCUUGCAUCACAGUUCACAUGACUUGUAAACAAAUGAUAAACGUCAAAAAUUUUUAUCGAACAAAAUAUAAUCUUUGCAAUGUGAAGUGAUUUGUUUAUAGUGUUGCGUAGAUUUAUAAAUACAAUUCGAUCAUGAAAACCAGUGAUUUGUGUUUGGAAAAGGACAGUAAAUGUGCUGAAGUGAAUCGAAAUGCCAUAGUUUUCGAAAACAGUAAGCUAACCUAUGUGGGUCAAGACUGCUCGCGUAUUCCAUCUCCAUUGAUACAAGUGUAUGCACCAAGUGUGCAUUAUAUGGACCUUAGCUUCAACCAACUCUCAACUCUUCAGGGCCUUGAACAUUUCACCUUGUUGAAAGAACUGGUGUUGGACAACAACAAUUUAACAGAUACAUUGUGCCUGCCACGUUUGCAGCAUUUGCAUACACUUUCCCUCAAUAAGAAUAAUAUUGUCAACUUAGAGCUCCUGUUGAACAAAAUAUCAAAUAAUUUGCCAGCGUUACGGUACCUGAGCCUUUUGGGGAAUGUAGCAUGUCCAAAUCAGCUGUCAGACAUGGAAAAAGAUGAAGAGGACUACCAAAGAUACAGGUACUAUGUACUAUAUAGACUACCUAAUCUUCAGUUUCUUGAUUCAACAAAGGUAACAACUGAAGAGCGUUUGGAAGCUAGUCGCAGAGGUCAGUUGAUGAAGGUGGUCUGCCCCACAAAUGUGGAAGGUAGAGAUGACUCGCAUGCAACCUUCAAUUCCAAGUACACACCACUACCAGGUUCUAAGCGAAGUAUUGGAGAUCAUCAAGGUGCAUAUGGUAAAUGUCGGUAUCGCUACUCUGGGAAACACUCUGAAGGGAAUCGUUUCAUUAAGAAUAAUGACCUUUAAGAAAUUGAAGCAAGACAUGCAGCUGGUGUCACUGUAAAUUUAAUGUGGUAUUGUCAUUAUCUUGCCUUCUCUCCUUGCACUUCUCUCAUAAUCAUUAAGUUACUUUACCAUAGCAUAAUCAAACAGUGGAAACUCCAGGCUGGAAUAUUAACAAUAUUAGGAAAAGGAUAGAUUGCUCCUCACUGUAAAGAUGGCCCAUUGAAUUGUAGUCAGGCAGAACAAAAAGAUUGUUACACAUCACAGCUUUUGGCUAAAGCCUUUUCCAGCAAAGAAAACACGGACUUGCUUGUGUAAAUGUGUAUGUGUGUUUUCUUUGCUGAAGAAUGCUUUGCCCAAAAGCAAUUAUGUGUAACAGUUUUUUUGUUGUGCCUUUCCCAUAUUUUUUCUUGCUGGACGGAGCAUAGUGGUCAUCAGUAUUUCAUGUUUUACAGAACUUAUUUUAAUUGUAAAUGAGAGCUUAUGUUCAAUGUAUCAAAAAGAAAAUCCAGUUACUAGCUUACAUUCUGUGGCAUACAUGUGUGAAGUACAUUUCUUGUAUAUUGGCACACUAUGAGAGUACACUUUUAUGUUGCACACAUUGCUCAAACUAACCAUGACAUGAUGUGGUAUGUCAUUUUAUAUCCUGUUUAUAUAUAUUUUUUCAGCUACCUCAUAUUUACCAACCUAGUGUGAAAUAUUUACUGCUUCAGAUAGACAAAAAGAAAGGAAUUCCCAAAGUAGGAAAUGAAACCACCUGGAUACAUUGAGAAAAGUAGUCACUGCUUAUUGUGGCACUAUGCACCAUGCCACCAUAUUAGUGGUAUUAGAAAUCACCACAUCUGCAAUUACAGGCACAGGGCAUGUUUCAAUGAUUUUUCAGUAGAGUUCUGCUGUAACUGUAAAUGUUUGUUCAACUUCAUCAUAAAAGAAGUGAAAUUUGUCAAUUUUGUUAGUCUGUUAAACACCUCAGUUUGUCAUCCUGUGACAGAAUUGCAUUGAAAUAAAAGCUCCACAAAAGGAAUUACAUUCCCUUGAUGCCUAGUGCCCUGUAAUCCAGUGUAAUUGAGGUAGGCACUGAUACAUUACAACAGUAAAAAGAACAGGUGUUAGUGAAUAUUUUCUGUUAUUCUGACAUGAGGUUACCUCUGCAGGCCUUUCUUAGAUUUCCAAUUAUAUGAAAUUAAUAUCUGUUAAUUAUUAAUGGCAACAGUGUCUGCGUUUCUGCAGUAACUGCAUUUAUUAAAAUACAAUGUCCUUCAGACAUGCAUGCAUGUCUGAACGAACAGACACCGUCUUUGAUGAUUUGCAGCUGUGGGAAUUAUGAAAUGUAUUAACAUAUCAUGAAUAUGUAUUAGCUUCGGCAACUUGUAACAAAUGAAAAUUUGUGCUCGAUGGGGACUCAAAUCCAGAUUUCCCACUUGUCAUCAGCAGUUGCCUUAAUCACUUCGGCUGUCCGAGCAUGCCCUCAUUGCUGGUCCAAACCUUGGCUAUCCGAGGUUCAGAUCGGUACUGGGGGCAUGCUUGAAUAGCUGAAUCUGAUGUUUGGACCAGCACUGGGGGCACGUUCGGAUAACCAGAGUGGUUAAGGCAGUUGAUAGUGUCAAGUGGGAAAUCCAGGUUCGAGUCCCAGUCCAGCACAAACUUUUAUUUUUGUCACAAGUAGCUGACGCUAAUACGUUUUCACAAUAUGUGAAUCCAUUACAUGUUCAUUACUUCCACUACACGCCAUAGGACUCUGUAGAUGCAUAUGUCAGAUCUAGUUUACAGAUAUGAUGGAAUUUACAUUGUUAUUAUUUGGAUGCCUUGGAACUAUUGUUUCUAUAUUAAGUGGAAAACGUAAUCUAGCAGCAGCAGCAGCAGCACAGAAAAUAAGUUUUGUGAUAUAGUUAGAAUUGACAUUAACAUGAAAUGUAGCCAUUGUCAUUUUAUAAUUGACAAGUUAUAAACUUCUAGCAGUAAAUUGGGUUCUGAUGUCUAUGGCCAUUUUAAUUUGGUGCAAUUGUUAACUAAUCUUUUACUUGAAUGGAGAGAACUUCUGAAUCAAAUAUAAAUUUAAUACCACUUGUUUUUUCACUAAAAUAUACAGUUUGUUUGUGUCAUUAGAUCUGUUUCCAAAACGAAUUGUGCAGCAAUUGACCAAGUAGAUUGAGUACAUGUUAAACAUGUGUCCUAAAGAAAAGUGGAAGCUAAUGAUGAUAAUAAAGUUAGUCAUCCUAAUUUUUGAGACAACUGUAUUGGCAAGUGAUAAAAAGAAGAAAAAAAUGAUGAAAACUGUGGUCAUUCGUAACACAAUAAAAUUGCGUAGGAAUUGUUAAUUUCAUAACUGUCAGUUCAAGUCUCAUCUUAGAGAUAAACUGGACAAAAGCUAGAGAAGAAACAUAUUCUUAAUAAACUUUGCCAUUGUUAUUAUUUACUACAAUUGCUACUACCAUUAUAAGUUGAUCUUAAAAAUUGCAAAAGUGGAAUAGUCAUGUGCAAAAAUAAAAGUUGUGCCUUAACGUUGUGCCAGUUCCAUGUCAGAAAUAAAUUUGACCAAGAUACACUAAUCCUGUAUGAGCUUUACUGCAAUAUUAAGAAUCUCAUGUGAGAAAUGAUACUCUUUAAUAACGUGAUGGUAAGAUGGUACUCAUGUUUGUUUUCAGUGGUUGAUAUUGUGAAAUAUCUCUUGAUACUUUUGUAGAAAAAUAUUUUAUUAUUGUAAUAAACUGAGUGGUAUAUCUAACAACUGUGAUGUCACCAACAAAGAUCUGAAACAUGUACAAAUGCUUCUCUCAUAUGAAUCAUGUUAUUCUAUUAAGGCCUUUGUGUGUAUUAUAACUCUUUUAUACGUAACAGAAUUUGUAUUGUAUACGAGAUUUUGUAAAUAAAUAUAGUUAACAGUC